UUCAUUGAUGAGCCGGGCAUGGGAUACAUCCCCGUCGCCGAAGACAUGCACAGCAUGGCAGACUCACUCGGAUCCGUAGAAUACAGGUGUUUGUCCGUACGAAGAAAAGUCCCGAGUAUUCAGAAGGAGGCCCAAGUUUUUGACACAGAUCAGUACCUCUCAGAUCAGUACCUCUCAGAUCAGUACCUCUCAGAUCAGUACCUCUCAGAUCAAUACCUCUCAGAUCAAUACCUCUCAAACCUCCCUUCUGAGAAGUACCUUCCAGUCCAAGUUUCCGGCCGACAGCACAGCGAGCAGUGGCGUCAAGAGUACUCGGACGUCGGUCAAGAGUACUCCGACGUCGGUCAAGAGUACUCGGACACCGGUCAAGAGCACUCGGACACCGGUCAAGAGUACUCCGACGUCGGUCAAGAGUACUCGGACAUCGGUCAAGAGUACUCCGACAGCGGUGAAGAUUACUCCGACAGCCGUGAAGAGAGCAGCGUUAGUGUGUACGGUGGCGAAGAGGACAGCGGUGGAGUUCCGAAUCGAGGUUGGUUAGGCGUGGACGGAGAUGCGGACGGUGAGACGGAUGGCGAGUUGGAACAGGAGACGCGGUAUCUGGACAUGUACACGCCGUUCAAAUGGCAGUUUUCGCCGCAGGUGGGAGAUUACCACAACUUGACGGAGGAGCAGUUCCGUGCGAAGGUGUGUGUGCACCACGACCCGCGUUGGACAAUGGCUUUCACGGACGGGCGUUGGUGUAAGAUGCUGGAUGUGGUGCCUGGGGAUGUGGUGCGUGCGAGUUUGUUGGAUGAGGGGUCGAGUAACAAGCCGUUUGGUGUGAUCAACCGUGUGAAUGUGACAGGAUUUGUGCGCGAGAGGAAGCCGGUACGGGCUGCUAGUUCGUGUGCUGGCAAGCCAAGUAUUAUGGGAUCCCGACGGAAGUAUUUCGACUACGUGGCUGACGAAAUGCCCGUCUCUAUCUCUACCUACGCAGUGAAAGAUGGUUCGCUCUCCGGUAUUUUAUUAGCACGUCAUUCGAACUAUAUUAGCUCCCGUUUGAGUAUUGAUUUUCUGAACGUGUGCUACACACCUCGGGGGGGUCAGGAACCCGUGGUUUUCGGCUAUAGCCAGCUUAUUGAUAUGGCGACAAUGCAGCCCCUGGCUGUGGCCGGUGGUGCUCGAGAAUUGACCUCUUGGAAUUAUACGAACCCCGUCACGGAGAAAUCCACGCAAUACCUUGCCUUCGUCUCCACCGAAGCGGUCGGAUCACUCACCCUCCAUGUCGGUAUGCUUCUGUACGGCUUUGCCACCAGACUUACAGGUUGCAGUACCGAACCUAGACCCGUCCAUAACCUCCUCUGGGUCGAAGCACAACGUAUACCAUUCAGCGCUGGCUGCAGCUGCAACUCCGGCUCUUGCGACUGCUCCGAUCCCGUCGAAUGCAACCGCGGCUGUAAUAAAGUCGACCAAAUCGCCGUACGCCUACCCAUACUACAAUAUGACCAAGAUGUAUUCACUGGCCUACUAGAUCAGACAUACACUGCCGUACUCGUACUCGCCUGCUCCAACGCACUCUUCUUUAAUCGCGUUCAACUACCCUUCUCCGACACACCCGAAGCAAGCAAUGCAACAUACUACGAUCAAGUCACAGACUGGGACCAACUCUGGCCCCUCCCCACAUACCUACCAGACGACCUCUUCGAUCAAGUUGGAGACGACGAGGAUCCAAGUGACAAGUUUCAAGGACGUUCGAACGGAAGAAGUGGCUCUGAAGGAGAUGCGGGGGAUAAAGGAGAUUUUGACGAAGCAGAGAGUAGUGAUGCUGAGUUCUGUUAUACAACUGAGAGCGCUGCUUUUUUCAGUGCUUCCAUCUCCUUCUCAACGUGUCCCUUCUCCGCCAACGCUCGCCUCCUCCGCUCGGACGUUCAUUCCGGUUCUGGGGCGACUACUGAGGCAACUGCUCAGACGAGGUUAAGACAUGUCCGCCCGGGCACCAACUUGGCGAAGAAGGUGGACCGGUUUUUGGCCGCGCGCUCUGGUCAGGAGUUUGCUAAUGGGUAUGCCCGGACGGGUCAAACCCGUAGUGGUCAACACCGUAGUGGUCAAACCCGUAGUGGUCAACACCGUAGUGGUCAACACCGUAGUGGUCAACACCGUAGUGGUCAACACCGUAGUGGUCAAGCACGAGGAGGCAAAGCACGUGAUGAUCGUGCACGGACCAGUCGAGAACUGACUGAUUCAUUGUCAGCGGAGUCGCCAUCUGAGGCGUCGUCUUCGACUGCAUCAUCUUCUACAUCGUCAUCGAAAUCAUCUCCUGAAUCGCUUCGGGCAAUGGGUGCUUCCCGCGUUGCUAGAUUUUUCGAGGUGUGGUCAUCGUUGAGUUUGUAUUUACGUUCGUCAAAGAGUGUUGCCGUGUUCACUCGUAAGCCUGUGUCAAAUUUAUCGAUGCAGUUUGCAUGGGUGUCUGGUGAUUACGAUGCGGUAUGGUGGAGUCAUCGUACUCCGGUACGAUUGUCUACGGGUGAUAGAGAUGAUGCUACCUUCGUGGCAUAUUGUCGUUGGCCGAGUCGUGAAGACCUAUAUUAUUAUCGCAUCCAGAAGGUGAUGGAGGGAGUGCAUUGUAAACGUCAAUAUACUGCCAUACCACAACUGCUACCUGGACCUAUGCUGCAAAUCGAUCCUGGUAUUCUCCUUCAAAUUUUUUCUAACGAUCGAAUUAUCGCAUUCAAUGCAAGCGCUGCCGAUGACACCUGGCCUCAAGCAAAAGACCCACGAAUCAUUCAACACUUCCUAGACGGACUAAUCGGAGACUCCUACCUCGUAGAUUCACACCCUACACGUAUAGUCGCUGAUGCCAGCCAACGAGAUCUCAUCUACUUCUUCGACAACAGCUGCUCCGCCAUUCGCUGGCUCAAGAUCGAUGACCCACUCUACAACGAUACCACGCCCACACGUUCAUCAAAAACACCAUCAGAACCUAAGUCAAUCGAGGCGAACUCAAUGGAACCGAACUCAACGGAACCGAACUCAACGGAAGCUACGCAAGCAAAAUCAACACUGCCGGCCCCGUCGGAUCCGCAGACAAUGGUCCGAGAGGAAAGCAGCAAUGGCGAGCUUAUUCAUGUAAGUCACAUCUUAUUCUACCCCCUGGUGGACCAGAUUGUUCCCUCGUCAUUUACCAGCGGACAUUUCCCGGAUGGGCCCAAGUUUGUUUUAUCGUCCAACUACAUUUCUAACACAGUCAAUGUAAUUAAGCGCGAAGAGGAGAACUGUAGCAUUGAGCUCGGUCCCAAGUUUAUCUUCCGAUCUCCGGGAGCCGAUAUUUUGUUGGUGGAAGACUCAGUUGAUGACGCUGGAGUGGAUUACGUGAAGAAACAGACCAGUUUCUGGACCAGCGUAUGGACUAGAGUAUGGACCCUUUGGACGGCACCCCCUCAAGAACGGAUUGGUACUUCGGGCCGCACGCCCAUUUGGGGUCGGACGACAGAUGAUACGAGUUAUAGCGACGAUGAGUACGAUGGUGUCGUUCUCAAUCCGGUGGAGGAGGAGCCAGUACGCGAUGGAGGUUGGCUACUAUUUUGGACGGAGAGAUCCCGCGGUCAGGUGUUCCGGGGAAAUGUAAUGAUGAAUUCGACUUUUAUUGGGGGAGUAAAUACGAUUCGAAGUCUGCGUGGUGUGAGUGGGAUCUCAUUCGAGUAUCUAACCUACUCUGCCAGCCGGAAAAAAUUAUAUUUAAGUUCGUCAAGCAUUGGCUGUAUCAUAGCCAUCAAGUCCAACGGCCGAGACAUGGCCGAGGUGUUCUGCAACUCCUCUUUUUCUGACGUUGUCGGCGAUCCCCGAAAGGUACUGCGACCUCGCCAAAUCUAUAUCGACGACACGUUCGGCGACAUCUACCUCAGCAGCACCCCUACGCCUAAUGUAACAGCCUUCUGGUUCGCAGCCGUCAACAUCUCCAGGGCCCUGAACGCGCAAACCGUAAACAACGCCAACUCCACCUACGACCAGCACUCCACCUACGACCAGCACUCCACCUACGACCAGCACUCCACCUACGACCAGCACUCCACCGUGUUGGCGCUCAUGGCCGGCGAGUCCGCGACCAGCGACAACCCGUUUCUGGGCCUCCCGGAAUUGGAUGUGAUUCCCGACUCGGUCAAGACCGAAAUCCGCAAGCUGGCGAAUAUGACACUCGCCGAGGCGGAGACGUAUUAUUUGAAGCCAGCAGGCAACGUCUACCGCCGGCUGCCGUUCGCCUCCAUCUACUCACGGUGGGGCGAGGCGUUUAAUGUGGCUAGCACCAUUUGGGUACUGAAGGAGAGGCCAGACCUGCUUUCCUUAAUGAACAACCCUGUCCCCUUCUACACCAACCCCGGGGCUAUCAUCACGCACAUCUACGGGGAUUCUGGCUACCUCGUCAUGGUCGAGCGCGCGCUGAAAAUCAAAAAUAGAACCAACAGCACGCGUGUGCGGGUGUCAGACCUCGACCGCGCCACCUCGUAUGCGUCCUCCACCUAUUACCGGAUCAUCCGAGUCCCGCUCCUCGCCGACCCGCCACAAGUCAAUGCCGUCCCGGUCAGGGUCCGCACUCCGUCCGAAGCAGAAAUCUUGGUCGACUGGACGACCACGCCCCUCGGACCACUCUACGCCCCACUGGAGUCAGACUACAUAUACUACAGCAGACGCCAGGCCUCCAGCCUACCCAUUAUUGCCGGUUGGUUCGCCGUAGCGAUCCUCAUCGUACACCUGACCGGAGCGCUCGUCUACAACGUCACCGCGUACGACCCUGUCUUCCUUCCCGUCCCUUUCCCUGCACCCGUCCUGCUUGCGUUCGCCCGUCUCUCCCCCUUUGCACCCGCCCCCUUGCACUGCCUCGCUUCUGCGCUCGUUUGUGCUACCCCACGUGUGCGCUGGUCUUAA